AUGAUCCUGUGGGCGAGGGAGAAGGAUUCCGAGAGGGGGAACGGGAAGCUAGAACCAGGGGAGAGGGGGAGAAGAGAAAGAAGGAUCCAGGUAAGCGAGACAGGGGGGAGAGAAGGAGUUAAGUUGAGAGAGGAGGGAGCUGUUUAUGGGGGAGAGGGAGCUGGGAGUGGGGAGGAUCUGUGUCUCUGGCGCCGCCGCCGACGGCAAAUGGUCCAAACCCACUUACUUCGAAUGGCCUCCAAGACCUUUGGCUCCCCAAAAUGUCGGCUCAGGGUCAUAACCGCAGUGCCAGCUCCAGACCAGCCCCAACUCCGGGCCUGGCCCCGGCUGCAGCUGGCCGGGGUGGUGGAGGAGCUGGGAGUUACGGGACAGGGUGAGGCUGGCUGGGGGGUGACCGAUUACACUGAGUGGUUGUCGGUGCGGAAGCGGCAGAGAGCAGAACUGGAAAUGAUGGCCGAUGUUAAGAGGUGGAUCAACACGUCUUGGAGACUAGAGAGUCGUGAGCGGAGAGACCGAGCCCGGGACAAAAUCCCCACCCAGCAGGCCCAGCCUGAGCGAUACACAUCACAGCAACAACAGGCAUCAAACCAGUUGAUUAAUUUGCCUUCUCUGGAGUCAGAGAAAUUACUCCAUGAAGAUUUAAACAAAAAACAGCUGAGAUUUGUAGACUCCUUCCAAAGCAGUGAUAAAGGAAAGAAAGGGAAACUUUCAAAAUAUGACCUCAUGUUGUUUGAAAAGAGCAAAAUGCAUCACAUGGACCUGAUAGAGGAAUGUCUGCUUUUGAGUGGAGAGGAGCGUUCCAUGGCCUGCCAUUCUCUACCAACUACAAUGGGAGGAGAGAUGGGGGAGGCAACCAACACAUAUCGACAACGAUGCCUGACGGAUUAUAAGAAAAUUCUGGAAAUGUGCCAAUACUAUGGCAUCACUUUUACUGAAGGGAUGCUUGAGAAAGAUGAUGUUCGAAUCUAA